GUGGUACUUUGGUAAGAUCAAGAGGAUUGAAUCAGAAAAGAAACUGUUACUACCAGAGAAUGAUCAUGGGGCAUUUCUUGUUAGAGACAGUGAAAGCAGACGCAACGAUUACUCACUUUCAGUGAAAGAUGGCGACACUGUAAAACACUAUCGUAUCAGACAGCUAGAUGAAGGAGGAUUUUUCAUUGCUCGAAGGACAACUUUCCGAACACUACAAGAGUUAGUAGAACAUUACAGCAAGGAUUCUGAUGGCUUAUGUGUUAAUCUUCGCAAACCUUGUAUUCAGGUGGAGAAGCCCACAACAAGUAGUCUUUCUCAUUGUACUAGAGAUCAAUGGGAAAUUGAGAGAAGUUCACUUAAGUUUGUCAGAAAGCUAGGACAGGGUCAGUUUGGAGAGGUUUGGGAAGGAUUAUGGAAUAAUACCACUCCUGUAGCCAUCAAAACCCUCAAACCAGGAACGAUGGAUCCAAAAGAUUUCUUGGCUGAGGCCCACAUCAUGAAGAAACUACGGCAUCCUAAACUUGUUCAGUUGUAUGCUGUAUGCACUUUAGAGGAACCAAUUUACAUUAUAACAGAACUCAUGAAAAAUGGAAGUCUAUUAGAAUACUUGCAAGGUAAAGGAAGAUCCUUGAAACUGCAUCCAUUGAUUGACAUGUCAGCUCAAAUAGCUUCUGGAAUGGCAUACCUUGAGGCUCAGAACUACAUUCAUCGAGAUUUGGCAGCACGAAACAUUCUGGUGGGAGAAAACAAUGUUGUCAAAAUAGCUGAUUUUGGUCUAGCUCGUUUAAUUAAGGAGGAUGAGUAUGAAGCCAGAGUUGGAGCCAGGUUCCCUAUCAAGUGGACUGCUCCUGAAGCAGCUAACUAUAGCAAGUUUUCCAUCAAGUCGGAUGUUUGGUCUUUCGGUAUUUUACUGACUGAACUUGUCACGUAUGGUAGGAUACCUUAUCCAGGGAUGACAAAUGCUGAAGUUCUCCACCAGGUGGAGCAUGGUUAUCGAAUGCCAUGCCCACCAGGUUGCCCCAUGGACCUCUAUGAAAUCAUGCUGGAAUGCUGGCAUAAAGAUCCCCUCAAAAGACCAACAUUCGAAACCUUACAAUGGAAACUGGAAGAUUUCUUCACUCAAGAAGGUUCUGAAUACAAAGAAGCAUCUGUUGCAUAUUAAGGAAGACGUAACCUUUGGUGAAGGUGGUGAUAGUUAAACCUGCUUUAAUUGUCGACAGAGAGGAUAAGGGCUUAUAAUUUAGGGUGACAAUAGUGGGACAUGUCUAACAUUCCAGAUUGUGGGCAAUAGAGCAUACAAAACAUAUUUUUCUGUUGCUUAAAACUAUAGCCUGUAAUAUACUGAAUAUAACCAAUCAAAUGUGUGUAUUCAUUUGGUGUUACUUAAUAAAAUACAGUCAGUAAUUGUAAUGUAAUGCGUAUGGAACUAUAGUCUAAUAUUAAAACUGUAUAUCAGACAUAGAUUAGGUUUAUAUUCAGUACCCAUGUUUACAUUUAUUAACCAGAAAUAGGUGAUUUUGUGUAGCUAUACUUAAUUAAUUACUAACAAAUAGAAAGGUAUCAUUCAAUGUGCAUAUUUGUUUCUCUGAAGUCUAACUCCAUACAAAUAUUUUGUACACCUUCAGAGCAUAUGUUAACCCUAAAGUUAUAAUCAUACAUAGAUAGGCACUGAUAGCAUCUAGGAAGCCUAAUUCAUUGUAUGCAAACAAUAAGUGUAGCUAAUUUGGUAGGGAGAUUUAGCAUAUGUUAUUCAGUUGGUGCUUACAUUUACCAAAACCACAUAUAAACUUGGCUAGGCCUAUGUUUAUGAAAAACCUUAUUCAUUAUGAACACAUGCGUAAUCGGUAACUGUAAGAGAAUGUUGAAUAAACCCCUAUGUUUAUAUUACGUUUGAUUCAACAGAAGCAUAAAUUUAUUAAAUAUUUCAUUGUGUAUGUUUAUUAGGCUUACUGUAAUGAUAGUUUUUGGGAUUUAGCCUCAGUGUAAGUAAUCGUUAAACCUGUCUUGAUAAAUAGGUUUACUAGGCUGAUCUCUUGAAGGACUUUAGAUGCAUGUUUACUGUGUGUGAUUCAUGUGACAAAUAUUAAACUAAAUGUGUGAGUGUGUGAAUAUGCCUUUAAAAAAUUAAUUUAUGUUUGGCCUAACUAAUUAUAUAAAACCUAGUAAACGCAUGAGACUUAACUGUAGUUGUUGGUGCAGGAAAUUUAAAGCCCUUCCUUAAAUUACCUGUGAUAAAGAAUAUAUUUAUUUAGUAGAAAUUCCCAAAUAAAAUGGAAACCCCAUUACCUCUCUGUUCACAUGGAAAUUGUUUUAUUUAACAGCUGUUGGUUUUGGUAAAUCAGAAUAAAAUUUGUGAACUGUUAGGAUUCUUUUCAACACAAAUAGCCUAUAUUGCUUCCUCUCCAUAAACACAUUUCUUUCUUUUGUAUAAAACUUGUUUUGUGUGUUUAAACAUAGACAAUUUCCUUGUGCACUGUGUUAUUAUCUAAACCUUACAGAACACACUAAGUUUAUAAUACAGCAGUGGACGUUUGCAGCUUAGCUUUAGAGUUAACCAGAUGUCACUUGUGGAUCUAAGGUUAGAUAUACUGAGUUUUAUUUUCAUCUCCACUUCAAAAGAACUGUUGUAUUGUUGAUUAACCAUAUUUUACUGGGCCAAAUAAUCUAACCCCUAAUGCUUUGAUAAAUGUGAUAUUGACCAUAUGCAAAGAACAGGCUAAAGGUCAAUGUAAGCAGCAAAGAACAGGUUAAAGGUUAACGUAAGCAGCAAAGAACAGGCUAAACGUCAAUGUAAGCAGCAAAGAACAGGCUAAAGGUCAAUGUAAGCAGCAAAGAACAGGCUAAAGGUCAAUGUAAGCAGCAAAGAACAGGCUAAACGUCAAUGUAAGCAGCAAAGAACAGGCUAAACGUCAAUGUAAGCAGCAAAGAACAGGCUGAAUGUCAUUGUAAGCAGCAAAGAACAGGCCUCAUGAUUUGAAGAUCUUGGGUUUGAUUCUCACUAAACUUGCUUGUCUUUGUUCUUGUGUAGGCUACCAAGGCUAGCUGCCACUGUCACAAAUUUUGAACUGCUCACUAGAGGGAACAAAACAGGCUGACAGCACCCACUAUCAACUCUCUAGCUACUUAACUGUCAAAUAAAGUGUAAAUUUACUGUAUUUUUACAUUGUGUUACAUUUGUAAUUUAUAAUUGGGUAACUGUAUUCUUUAAUCUUUUAUAAGUAGGCAUAGAUCUAGGGAGAUGGACUCUGGGAGGGGGGUUCUCGAUCCCCCCCAUCCCUUUUUUCCACAAAUUAACUGUAUUCUUUAAUAUUGUAUAAAAAGGAGUUGAUUUAGGGGAUCUGGACCCUCCAAUUUUUCAGAAUUAUUAAUUAUAGUCUUUCAUGGAUCUAAUGGAAAGUUCCAUAGGAUCAGGUUUUGUAAGUAGGCAUGGAUCUAGCCAGAUGCCCUCACACUACUAUAUAGUAUCAACAAGUUUUUUCUGAUGUUUUUUUAAAUCAACAUAGCUGGAGUGUACAACAAUCCAGUUACUGCAUGAACCAAUAACUUGGUAUUUCUGAGUAAUACAGCAAUAUAAACAUCAAUCAAAUGUUGCCAUGGUAAAUUCUUUUCCUUUGUCUUUCUCCAGACUCACUAACAAUGUGCAGCUCUUCUAACAUAGACUUGUUCAAAAUUGGAUUUUCAUUGUUUAAAAGUUAGAAUGCUGAUUAGAGUAUUUGAUCUUCAUUAGAAAAUAUAUAAUGUAUGUUUCUGUUUAGAUUUUCAUAUCAAUCAGUUUACUAGAAAUAAAGAUAUAAGUUUUGAAAUUACUGGAUUAUAACCGACUGAGAUAAUGGUUAACAGAAUAUGUUAACAUUAUUUUAACUUUGUUUUAAUUACUUUAGGAUUAUAUGGUCAAUAUUGAUUACUCCACAAUAUUAUAUUAUUAUAGUAGAAAUAUCUUUCAUGCAAAAAAUACUGAAAAUUUGGUUCCAAUGUUAACGUUUAAAAAGUUAACUGUUAUCACACCAACAUUUAAAAAUGAUAUAUUACUGCAGCUAAUGUAAAUAAUUUAAUAAUUGUUACUUGUUAAUACAAUAAUACUUUUUAUCUGAGUAAACGUUAUAGUUUUAUUCAUAUUCAUUCCCUAAUGAUGUUAUAACUUUGUAAGAUAAGGUUGUAUAAUAAUACUUCUGAUAAGUAUAAAAUUAAUUAAUGUUAUUCUGAGUUUUAUGUUGUUGGACUUUAAAUUUAGGCUACUUGCAGGAUAUCAAAAAAUACUAGGUUAUUACUUUGGCUAAGUACUCGUUUAGUUAAUAAAUACUGUCAGUUAUGAUCAUUUAUUUUCCUUGGUUAGUUAUAGAGGGAGUAACUGUGUAGUUAUAGAUAGAACACUUAAGGUCCCAACAUUGUUGUAAACAUACUAGGUUAUUACUUUGGCUAAGUACUCGUUUAGUUAAUAAAUACUGUCAGUUAUGAUCAUUUAUUUCCAUUGGUCAGUUAUAGAGGGAGUAACUGUGUAGUUAUAGAUAGAACACUUAAGGUCCCAACAUUGUUGUAAACAUACUAGGUUAUUACUUUGGCUAAGUACUCGUUUAGUUAAUAAAUACUGUCAGUUAUGAUCAUUUAUUUCCUUGGUUAGUUAUAGAGGGAGUAACUGUGUAGUUAUAAAUAGAACACUUAAGGUCCCAACAUUGUUGUAAACAUGAUUAUCACCAUACAGGCUGUGGAUGAAACCUUGUAAUACGUCGCUUCAAGUGGAUUGACCAUAUACCAAAAAAACAGCUUUGAAAGCAGUUAUAAGUAUAGCUUGAAUAUAAUAAGACAGAGUAAGAAUUAGACUAUUAUACAAUAGUAUAAUAAAUAUAUAGUUUUAAGAGGAUGUUUUGUGAAUAUCUGUUUGAAAGAAAGUUUUAUGUUCAAUUAGAAGUUAUCAGAUAACUUGAGAUAUGGUAAGGUUAUACAGUUAAAAUAUUGAACAAAGAAAACUAUUAGAAGUUUAAUACAGCAACAGAUUUACAAUGUUUGGAGAAGGUUUUGUCAUUCUCACAUAUAAGUUGUUCCCCUAGAAACAGGAAUAUAUAUACAGUAUGAAACAACAAAGUCACGCUUAAGGCUUGAUAUAGGUUUUAAAAUUACAGUUUUUACUUUUUGAUAGAUGUACGAUGGUUUUAUUGAGUUGCAAUAUUUGUAAACGUGAGGUUUUUUUUAAUCUUUAUCAAAUCAAAUAUGUUAAGUUUAUCAUUUAGUGAGUAUAGUAGGCAUCUACAAAAUACUCAGUUCUUUAUUGAUUUUUAUCCUAACUCAAACAACGUGCAUAAAUUGUCUAGCUGGCUACUUAAUUUUUUCUAAUUGCAAUUGUGAUAUAUUUUAAAAAAACUUACCUUUAUCAGUGAUAGUUAGUAUUAGACAAAAAUAUGUUUGUUUUCCACAAAUUACACAAAUGAUGACCUUCAGAAUAAGUAUCAAAUAUCACUUAUUGCCCACCUGCUGCAUCCUGUUAUUUUAUAAUUGAAUUAACAAUACCAUACCAUAAUGAAACUCUUCCAUCUUAUCAACUUGCUCCUGGUAACCCUAAUUCAAUCCUAG